CACAAUCCCAUUCUCCUCAUUCAUCUAAUCACCUGUAAAGAAGACAGCUCAGUAUGCCAGGAAGAUUGCUAAAAGGAGAUGCUGAUGCUUGGUGGAAAGAGGGAGUUGUCUACCAGAUCUACCCUGCAAGCUACAAUGACAGCAACAACGAUGGCAUGGGAGACCUUGAAGGUAUUAUCCAAAAGCUGGAUUACAUCAAGAGCCUUGGAGUGGCUAUAGUGUGGAUCUGCCCACACUUUGACUCGCCACAGGUUGACAUGGGAUAUGACAUCAGCGAUUACCAGGCGAUCUAUCCUCCGUAUGGGAACCUGGAUGAUUGCGAACGACUUAUCAAAGAGUGCCACAAGAGGGAUCUGAAGAUCAUCUUUGAUCUAGUCGUUAACCAUACUUCGAGCGAACACAAGUGGUUCAAAGAGUCUCGCUCGUCCAAGACAAAUUCGAAACGAGAUUGGUACAUUUGGAGACCAGCCAAAUAUGACUCGCAAGGAAACCGCAUUGCACCAAACAACUGGCGCGGGAACUUCAGUCAGCCAGCCUGGACAUGGGACGAAGAGACGCAAGAAUACUAUCUCCACUUGUUCGCGAGGGAGCAGCCUGACCUCAACUGGGAGAAUCCUGAUGUGAGGAAAGCCAUUUGGGAGGACAUCGUCGAGUUCUGGCUGAAGAGAGGCGUCAAUGGCUUCCGCGUGGACACUGUGAACAUGUACAGCAAAGGUGACAUGAAGGAUGCCCCAAUCACUGAUCCUGGUGCAGAGGCCCAACCCGCUGGUCUUCAGUAUUGCAACGGGCCUCGUAUGCAUGAGUUCCUCUCCGAGAUGAAUGCUGUCAUGAAGAAAUAUGGUGCCUUCACAGUCGGCGAAUGUCCCAACACACCAGAUAUGGCCAAGGUGAUCAAAUACGUGUCGGCAGCAGAGAAGCAGCUGGAUAUGGUCUUCCAGUUCGAUGUCGUGGACGUUUCUCGUGAGUGCGGAGUCGACCCGAACGUGGAACCAAGCUUCUCUCUUGCUCAGUUCAAGGAGGCGAUUGCUAGAACCCAAGAGAUCAUGGAACAUCCGGACGCAUGGACUACCGCCUUCUUGGAGAACCACGAUCAGGCCCGAUCGAUCUCUCGUUUCGCAUCCGAUGCACCGGAGUUCCGCGACGCCAGCGCCAGAAUGCUUGCCCUAUUUCUCGUCACCCUCAGCGGAACACUCUACGUGUACCAAGGGCAAGAGCUUGGUCUUCGCAAUGUCCCACUCUCCUGGCCGAUUGAAGAAUACAAGGAUCUAUCAUCUCAGAACUGGUACGAGUACAUCAAGCGUACCCACAACGGCGACGAGAAGACUCUCGCAGGGACAAAGCGCGCUUUACAACGUCUGGCAAGAGACCAUGCCAGGGUUCCAAUGCAAUGGGACUCUUCCAUGAACGCAGGCUUCUCCCAAGCAGAGCCCUGGAUGCGUGUGAACGAUGACUAUGAGUCGUAUAAUGUUGCUGCUCAGGAGAAGAAUCCCAAAUCGGUCCUGGCGUUCUGGAAGGAUAUGAUUGCUCUUCGCAAAGAGCACAAGGAGUUGUUUGUGUAUGGCCAAUUCAAGCUCUUGGAUGCCGAGAAUCCAAACACUUUCACCUUCUCGAAAAGGUACGGGGAUAAAGAGGCGAUUGUCGUACUCAACUUCACCACGGAGGAGCAGGAGAGCGGCGUCGAAGCUGCUUAUAGCUCAGCGAAAUUGCUCCUGAGCUCCGGUGGAAGCAAUGCUGGGCAGAAGCUGGCUCCUCUGGAGGGAAGAGUUUACGUGAUCUAAGGAGACAUCUGUGGGUGCUCAUGAUAGUAAUAGCGCGCUUGACGAUGGUCUUGGCACUGUCCGGAGGCCGGCAGACCUUUUGAUGAUUCUCUGCGAUUGGAGCGUGUGUUGGAGCACGUCGGAGCUGGCCAGGUGAU